AUGGAGGAUUCCUUUAUCCUGAAGAACGUUUCAAUAUUUACAGGUGAUGACUGGAUAGAUUCUGGUUGCAUAGCAGUUAGGAAUGGCAUAAUCAACUACGUGGGCCGCGGGGAUCCUCCAGCUCGAAUAGUACCCGAGGGCACUGCAGUUCUCUCAUUGCCGCGGAGAAGUGUGAUUCCUGGUCUCAUCGAUUCACGAGUUCAUUGUCAGGAAGGUAACAUUGAAUGUCUCGAGCAGUCGCUGAGAUUCGGCGUGACGACUGUCUGCGACAUGUAUGGCGACCCUCAGUAUCUUAAUCUUCUAACACAGCAAGCACAAGACCCUGUGAACAAAGACAAGUAUGCCGACUUUAAAUGUGCAGGCAUCGCAGCUAGUAUCGAGAGCGAGUGGCCUGGAACGGAGCUUCAAUUAUCCCCUGAGAACAAACCUGUAAGCCUAGAGUUCAGAGCAGAGAGUUUAAAAGCAGUCACUCACCAAGAAAUGACCGCAUGGCAGUCUAGUGUCCCGGAGGAUAUCUUGCCCAAACUGAAAUCUGCUGAGGAUGCAGAGCAUUACGUCCGAGAACAAGUCGUCAAAUUCAACGCAUCAUAUAUCAAAAUCAUGCACGGGAUCGGCGACGAUGUCGACGUGGAAUUUACGGAGCCAAGAUGCGAAGUGCAAAACGCAGUGGUAGAUGCGGCGCACAGGCGUGGUUUGAUCGUUUUAGGACAUGCGUUGAGCUAUUCCGCGGCGAUGGAUCUGCUCUCAAACGGUGUUGAUGGGUUGACCAACAUCUUCAUUGAUAGAUCGACAUCUCGCGACUGGAUUGAGCUUCUAAAGCGCAACAAGGGACACUUGUGCCCAACUUUGUCGUUUUAUAUCUUUCGCACUCUCCAAGGCGACGAUAUUGAAGAGCUGUUCGCAAGCGAUCCGUUCUCAGAGCGUUUGCUCUUCGACAAAAGUUCUCAGAGGAACGUCAGUCUCGGUUCCAAGCCUGAAGAUGCAGCUUUCGCCAACGCUGUGCGCAAUGUACAAGAGGCAUACAAAGCCGGGGUGCCAUUUGUCAUCGGAUCGGCCAGCACAGGCAGAGAGAUUGGCCCGGCAUAUGGGUUGGGUGUCCAUAUCGAGAUGUAUCUGCUUUCAAAAGCAGUUGGAAUGACUCCAAUGGAGGUCUUGAAGAGUGCAACAAGUGAAGUCGCGGAUCGUUUUGGAUUCCAUGAUCGUGGCCGUGUUGCAGUAGGCAAGAAGGCGGAUCUGGUUCUGGUUGAGGGUGACGUCCGAGAAGCCAUUGCAGAUCCAAACUGCCGGUGUCUCCCAGUCUCAUGCGUGUGGAGAGAAGGUGUUAGCUCGAUAAUUUACCAAAGACUGGCUGGGCCAUAG